CGAUCGGGGACGCCGGCGGGCGCGGGGCGGCCCUCCGCGGGCCCCCGGGCACUCCGGCGAGCAUGGCAGCCCCGGAUCAGAAGUCGCCGAACGUUCUGCUGCAGAACCUGUGCUGCCGGAUCCUGGGCAAGAGCGAAGCCGACGUCGCCCAGCAGUUCCAGUACGCCGUGCGGGUCAUUGGCAGCAACUUCGCCCCGACUGUUGAAAGAGAUGAGUUCUUAGUGGCCGAGAAGAUCAAGAAAGAACUUACCCGACAGAGGCGGGAGACGGAUGCUGCUCUGUUCUCGGAGCUCCACAGGAAGCUGCACUCGCAGGGAGUCUUGAAAAACAAGUGGUCCAUCCUCUACCUGCUGCUCAGCCUCAGCGAGGACCCCCGCAAGCAGCCGCACAAGGUCUCCAGCUAUGCGGCCCUCUUCGCCCAAGCUCUACCCCGAGACGCCCACUCGACGCCCUACUUCUGUGCCAGGCCGCAGACACUCCCGCUGAGCUACCAGGACCGCGGCACACAGUCGGCACAGAGUGCAGGCAGCCUGGGCAGCAGCGGCAUCAGCAGCAUCAGCACACAGACUCACCCCGCCCCGGGGCUGGGCGAAGGGCUCCGGCAGCAGCUGGGCCCGCGUCUGGCCUGGACCCUGACGGCGCAACAGCCCUCGGCGCAGACCACGGCCUCCAGAGGCCUCCCCAGCACCGCGGCUCGCAGCCUGACGAGGCCCCAGAGAGAGGGGGGCACGGGGGGCGCUGCGGAGAUCACCGAGGCCGCCCUGGUCAGGGACAUCCUCUACGUCUUCCAGGGCAUAGACGGCAAGCACGUCAGGAUGAGCAGCACCGAGGACUGCUACAGGGUGGAGGGCACGGCCAGCCUGAGCAAGUCGCUGCGGGACACGGCCGUGCGGCUGUCCGAGCUGGGCUGGCUGCACAACAAGAUCCGGCGCUAUACGGACCAGCGGGGCCCCGACCGCUCCUUUGGGCUUGUGGGCCAGAGCUUCUGCGCGGCGCUGCACCAGGAGCUGCGGGAGUACUACCGGCUGCUGUCCGUCCUGCACUCCCAGCUGCAGCUGGAGGACGACCAGGGUGUGAGCCUGGGGCUGGAGAGCAGCCUGACGCUCCGGCGCCUGCUGGUCUGGACGUACGACCCCAAGAUCCGGCUGAAGACCCUCGCGGCCCUCGUGGACCACUGCCAAGGAAGGAAGGGCGGGGAGCUGGCCUCGGCGGUGCACGCCUACACGAAGACGGGGGACCCCUGCACGCGUGCGCUGGUGCGGCACAUCCUCAGCCUGGUGUCGCACCCCGUGCUCAGCUUCCUGUACCGCUGGAUCUACGACGGGGAGCUGGAGGACACGCACCACGAGUUUUUUGUGGCAUCUGACCCGACCGUCAAGACAGACCGGCUCUGGCACGACAAGUACACGCUGCGCAAGUCCAUGGUGCCCUCCUUCAUCACCGCGGAGCAGUCCCGGAAGGUCCUUUUGAUAGGAAAGUCGAUAAAUUUCUUGCAUCAGGUCUGUCACGACCAGACGCCCACCACCAGGACCAUCGCUGUGACGAAGCCUGCAGAGUCGCCCCAGGACGCCGCGGACCUGGUCUCGGACCUGGAGAACGCCUUCCAGGGGAAGAUCGACGCGGCCUACUUCGAGACGAGCAAGCGCCUGCUGGACGUCCUGAACAGGAAGUACAGCCUGCUGGACCACAUGCAGGCCAUGCGGCGCUACCUGCUGCUCGGCCAGGGAGACUUCAUCCGGCACCUGAUGGACCUGCUCAAGCCAGAACUCGUGCGCCCGGCCACGACCCUGUACCAGCACAGCCUGACCGGGAUCCUGGAGACGGCCGUCAGGGCCACCAACGCCCAGUUUGACAGCCCCGAGAUCCUCCGCCGGCUGGACGUGCGGCUGCUGGAGGUCUCUCCGGGCGACACGGGGUGGGACGUCUUCAGCCUGGACUACCAUGUGGACGGGCCCAUCGCCACGGUGUUCACGCGAGAGUGCAUGAGCCACUACCUGCGCGUCUUCAACUUCCUCUGGAGGGCCAAGCGCAUGGAGUACAUCCUGACCGACAUCCGGAAGGGCCACAUGUGCAACGCCAAGCUGCUGAGGGGCAUGCCAGAGUGCUCUGGGGUGCUGCACCAUUGCCACGUCCUGGCCUCUGAGAUGGUCCACUUCAUCCACCAGAUGCAGUACUACAUCACCUUCGAGGUGCUCGAGUGCUCCUGGGACGAGCUCUGGAACAAGGUGCAGCAGGCGCAGGACCUGGACCACAUCAUCGCUGCGCACGAGGUGUUCCUGGACACCAUCAUCUCCCGCUGCCUGCUGGACGCCGACUCUCGCGCCCUCCUGAACCAGCUCCGAGCCGUGUUUGACCAGAUCAUCGAGCUGCAGAACACGCAGGACGCCAUCUACAGGGCCGCGCUGGGGGAGCUGCAGAGGCGCCUCCAGUUUGAGGAGAGGAAAAGGCAGCGUGAGGCCGAGGGCCAGUGGGGAGUGACCGCCGCGGAAGAGGAGGAGGAGAAGGGCCGGGCCCGCGAGUUCCGGGAGUCCAUACCCAAGAUGUGCUCGCAGCUGCGCAUCCUGACGCACUUCUACCAGGGCAUCGUGCAGCAGUUCCUGGUGCUGCUCACCACCAGCCCCGACGAGAGCCUGCGCUUCCUCAGCUUCCGGCUGGACUUCAACGAGCACUACCGGGCCCGCGAGCCGCGGCUGCGCAUGUCCCUGGGCGCCCGGGGCCGGCGCGGCUCCCGCCCCUGAGGCCGCC